CCACCGGCUUCCCGCACCGCGAGACGCAGCGAUGCCCGAGCAGAGGGAGGACCCGUAUCCGUCUCCGUCCCGCCGCCUCGGCCUGGCAUCCCUCCGCCUCCAGACUCUGAAGCCCGGCCACGACUUCCCAUGAGGCCACCACCAGAACUCAGCUCGACCGCUCUGUAUGGGGCCUCUCACAUAUGAAUUGACAUGGAGGAUGAAGAUGGGACUUGUCUACUUGAUGUUUUGUGUGACCCCCAAGCCCUGAACGACUUCCUUCAUGGGACCAAUGAGCUGCAGACUGAAGACCUGCUCAUUAACUCCUCCUCUGGGGAGCCCUCCCUCUUCACAGAUGCCCCGAGCCCCGUCUCUCUGCUGGGAGAUGGCAGGGAUUCCUCUGACACGCCUCCACCCGGGUGUGUGGAUUUGUCCUUCCUGGAAGAGGCCCUCCUGUCAUCGCCGGAGGGCGGAGAAGACCCACAGGUGGUGCAGGGUGGGCCAGCUGUGGAGCCUGGAUGUGAGGCAAAGAAGGGGGAAGUGGAGGAAGCGGAGGAGGCGGAGGUGGCAUGUGAUAUCCUCCAGCAGAGCUUGCAGGAGGCUGACAUCACUGAGCAGACCAUGGCUCUGGAGGCAGGUCUGGCCCAACCAGGGGACAGUCUGUCCCUUUACUCACCUGCCCCUCUCCUUUCUCCACCCACUGUACCAUUUGUACCCAAGUCUGUGACCUUGCCUGUCACUCCGGCAUUGCCCAGAGACACCCAGGCAGCAGUGGAGCCCCCCCAGCCCUCCCUCCUGGCUGUCGGGCCUGGCUGCCCUUCUUUAAAACCUGCUGCCCCUCCUCAACUGAUGGGGCUCCUGCCUGGAAAUGUUUUCCCUACUCCUUCUCCAGAAACCUCCUUCUCUCUGAGUCCUGUUCAGGGCUCCAGUAUGAUCAUCCAUAAGGCCGUGCCCAGUGUGACCAGCCGUCCUCUUUUCACCCCAACCCUGAGAGCAGCAGCAGCGGCACCAGGCAUCGUUCUGCAACGUGCCCCUCUUCCCAUUCAACCCAAGCUGCCCAUAAGCAUUCAGCCCAGACUGGUUCAAAUUAGCCCCAAGCCGUCUGGGCAAAAACCCACUCCAGGCCUCACGUUUGUACCUGGAACUGCCUCACCAAAUAUUUUACUGUCUCAACCUCCUGUCCAGAAGCCUGCAGCUCCACCACCGCAGCCCACCCAGCAGCUCCCAAAGCCGGUCAGCUUGCAGCUGGUGAACCAGGGCGGCUCCUUUGUGCUCCAGCCUCAGGGACUCUUCCAAGGCCAAAACCAGUUCCUUCUUCCGGGCCAGUGCCCUGUUACAAUCUCCCAGCCUGCCAGUGGAGCUCGACCUCUGCUGACUACCAGUCACCAAGGCCCGUCGGUCCACAGCGUGACUCCCUCCAGUGGGCAGCUUGUAGAUGGCUCUCAGAUCCUAACUGUACCCCAAAGACAGCUGAACUUCAGCCCUGUCUUCACCACCCCAGCAGGGCAGCUAGCUCUCCGCCAGGCCACUGUGCUUUCAGGACCUUUGCAGCUACAGUCAGCGCCCCCUACUGUCUUCCAGAUGCCGGCACAGCUGGCUGGAACCUACACUCCAGGAGGGCAGGGGCAGCGUGCCACCCUGGUCCACAGUCCCGCUCUGGGAAACCACAUUACCUUGAUCAACAGCUCUGGGGUGCUUCCCCCAGAUCUCACUUCCAUCUCGAUCGUUAAUGGUCCCUCAGUAGUUCAGGGGCUGCCUUUCGCUGCCCAGGCCCAGGCUCCUCAGGCAGGAGUGACAGAAGGACAGCUGAGCCUCCAGCAGGCCUCGGUGGUGCUGCUUCCAGAGAGAGCUGUCCCAGAAGAGAGGAGCAGCUCAGAGGAGACUUUCCACCAACUACCACAGUCCUAUGGACAUGUUCUCCAGCACGUCGCAGUGCAGCCCACUGCUGCAAGGCUGCAGUCCUCAUCUCCUCCUGUAGUUACAGUCCUGCAGGCCCCUCCCGAACAACCUCUGGCCCCCGAUCCAGCUGUGGAGAUGCCUAAACUUUUGAUACCCCCAGCCGACAUGACCCAAGUAGUGGAGGAGGUGACCCACUCGAUGAAUCAGAACCAGGCCUUUAUGCAACAUCUGCAACAGCAAGCACUUAGUUCUCCUAUCACAUCUGAGUUGUUGGUUGGAGCAUUGCCAGUGGUGCCGAUGGAGUCCCUCGCUUCCCCCGUGGCCAGUGAGAGAGAGACCCAGCAGCAGACGCAUGCAGUCACCGGUCAGGACGCCUGCACCGGGAUGUCUGAUCAGUGUGUUGAGGCUUCUCCGCUUCCCUCAGACCCCGACGACACACAGCUGCUCUGCUCCUCUCCUCCGAUUCAGGAUACAGGGAGAGCAGCUUCAGCAACGUUCUCCCCUCCAGCUGGGCCUCAGAUCACUCAGAUUACUCUGCCUGGACCUGAGAGUUCAGUCCCCCAGACCACAGCUCCCCAGCCCCACACUGAGCCACAAGUUCAGUACCAGGUUCCUCAUCAGCUCCAGGUCUCACAGGCCUUAUUUGCCCAGACCCAAGUACAGAUCCAGUCAUCUGUUUCCCAGCCUUUGCCCCAGGUCCAGGCGUCAGUUUCCCACCCGCAGGUGAAGCUCCAGGCCCAGCCGUCUGUUUCCCAGCCUCAGUCCUUGGUCCAUACUUCAGUAAACUCCCCUCUGCAUGUCAGCGUCUCGGUGCCUCAGCAGCAGCCUGAUCCCACAGCUGCGUCUGCGAGUCUCUCCAAAGGAGGAGACGACUCCACUGUCCAACAGCACACACAAAACAAGCCAACAGCUGCCUUGGCCGUGGAGAGUAAAGCAUUUACUCUCGAUGUCCGUCCACCCUCUCCUGCAGCCCAGAGUGUCCAGGCUCAUGGGCCCCCGGCUCCCAGGGAGUGUGCCCCCAUCCCGACCAGCCAGCAGACAGGCACCAAGCUGGCAGGUCUGGAGCAGCGGAGAGAGGAGAGGCUCACACCAGCACUACGCAGACACAGGUUCCAGCAGCAGCUUUGUUUGGACCACAGAGCGGUCCAGAGCCCGUUCACCGGCCCGGCCUUCACCACCCUGAAGGACACUGUGAGACGCCUGCUGCCGUACCACACCUGCGCCGGUCACCUGCCCACUCAGGAUGACUUCAAUUUAGUGGACCAGGAGUUUGACACCGUGUCUGGUUUCCUGCUGAAACGCACCAAGGACAUGGUCAACAAAUACAGGCAGCUACUGGUUAGAGAAGCCCAGCAGGAGAGUCCCUCAGCAGAGAUGGUGAUGCUGGAGCGUCUCUUCCUCCAGGCAGAGCGAUACGCUUUAGCAGAGGACAGACGGAGAGCCCGCAGAGACCCAGAGUCAUUUAUGAUGGCCUUGGCUACGUCUUCCCCUGAUGGUGCGCCCUCCUCUGGCCCCUCCCACCUCCCACCCUCCGGCAGCCCCUCGUCUCCACCAGCCUGGACCAGACUGUCCGACCGGCCCCCGGGACUCAAGACGUACCGCUCCAGCUCCCGCGGGGCUCUCAGGCUCACCAUCAAGCAGGAGUCCGGAUCCCGUAAGGUGGUUCACAACUCGGCCUGCGACCCGGGACUGAAGAGGGACCACACGGGGCAGCUGACCAACGGCGGCGGAGCUGUGAACGAACGCCACUCUCAGGCACCCAACGGAGCACCCCAGCAUCCUCAGCACAGCGAGGAGAUCUCCAACGGACCUCCGCCCGGUAAAGCUGCUGAGGACGUCCUACAGACAGCACUCUUUGCUAAAAUAAAAGCCCCAAAUCCUCUUUCUAUGCCAGAGCCGCAGGCUGAUUGCUUUGAGUUGCCUCCUCGAGACGCCAGCGCCCCAAAACUGAAAUGCUACAGGCUGGAUGCGUCACCUCGGCUGGAGCAGCGGUUCAGCCCGCCGCCUCCCCCCCUCCAAGAGGACAACAUGCUCAGUGAACAUCUACAGAGUGCCAUCGACAGCAUCCUGGAGCUUCAGCGCCUGCAGGGCCCCUCUGCUGCCCCGACCAGGGCCACGUCAGGCCCUUCACUGGACCAGGCUGUCACCAGCAUCUUGGAGGGACACCUGUGAGGUAAUCUGCUCUGACAAACGUCCACACAGACACAGAACAACAUCUGUCUGAGGCGGAAUAAAAAAAACACAGGAGGAAUCUUGACUUCUUGUCUGUUCCCAGAACUAAAAGAGAGAUUUCGUUCUGGGUUUCAGAGAUCACUUUUAAGAAACUGAUUGUUUGAAAGAAGAGAGAGGAGGAAAAAAAAUGAAGAGGCACUAUAAAGAGAUGCAUACCAGACAACAGCACUAUCUAUAGUCCGAUAGAUGUUAGAUACUUCAUUUCGAUGUAUGUUUGUGGAAAAAAAAAUCUAUUUGAAUAGGAGCUAUAUUGUUUCAGUGGUAGUUAAGUCAUUCAGAGGUUUACGACACUGGUGUAACCUUCAUCAGCAUAUAGUAUAUAAGUAAUAGUGAGGAUAACGAAAACGUGGAGUAGACUGAGAUUAUUCAAUAGUUUUUUAUAAGAUUUCUUUCAAAAUGUGAAUUUUCUUUUGCAUAGUGCCAAGCUUCCAGGGUAUUUAUUUUGAUAAUCUGUGCCAAUUGUGUUUUCAGAUGAGUUGCAUCGAGAAAGGCAGUAAGUUUGUGAGUGUGUGACGAGUGUGUGUGUGUGUGCGUGUGUGUAUAUGUGUGUGUGUAUUCAUUUGGAAUAGUUUGCGUGGAUCUAAAGAGAGCAUGUUGAAAACAUUGCAUCCAGCGACGGGACAGUACAUCCUGCAGGCUCCAUCAUCUCGGCUUAUCGAAUGAAACUCCAAAGAAUCUGUGACUUGCUACAUCCUGAAUACACCAGCAAACGUCCGUGUCGUGUCUCUUCCCAGAAUACUGGAGUCUGUCCUCGUUAAAGCAGAAAGAACCCGAGGGGGGCACAAAGAAAAUUAGGCAGAGUUGUGCUUUUUUUUUUUUUUAAGUUUGGACCCUUGUUGUCAUUCAUGCUGGAGUCUGUUUAGUAUUUCUAGUUUUCUGUCUGUCUCCAGAGACGAGAAUGAUUUUCCCUUACUGUAUGUAUUAACAUGCAAGCAAUAAUGAGUUAGGGUUGUUAGGAGCAGUGGUGGUGCAGUGAGGAGGGAGAUCUUUGCCUGUCAUGCGAAUCGCCGUUGGAUUUGUUUUUCAGAAAUGAGAGAUUUCUUAUUUUGUCAUCAAAGCCCGUGUAGUUUAGAAUAAAAGCGUUUCUAGCUUGUUUCAAGGGCUCGAGGGUCACUUAACGGCAUGAAGGACCGUGCAAAAAAAAACAUCCAGUGUGAGAAAGAAAAUCACCAGUUGUUGUUUUUUUUUUUUUUUUUCCCGCGACAGACACUGUACAGAACUUGAGCCUCUCUGCAUCAUCAAACCUUUGACCAAAAACCGGAGGAAUCAUCCGCUUCAUACAAACCACGUUUAGAGGUUGAGUUCUCUUUUAUUUAUUAAGUUAUCGGUUUGUAGCCCGCUGUACUAAAGCUGAAGAUUUAUUUCCACGCUGCCGUUGUGGAGCAAUAUAUGAGUUUUGCAGCAUCUUAUGUUAACGUGACAAUCUUUUAUCGGUCUGUGUGAAAAAAAAAUGUGAAUUCUGUUCAUAUGAAAUCCGUGAGAGAGUUGAGGUCCAUUUAUACUGGUUGUACGACUCCCACAUGAAACGCGUGCAAAAUGUUCUUUGUAGAUGGAUUUUUACCUUGAAGGUCAAAAUGUAAAAGCUGCAAGAAUAUCUUUAAUUUUUUUGUAAUAUAAAGUGAAAAUUUGAGCUUUCGGAGACGCUUAUUAGGGGGUCGAGGUUUGACUUGCAAAUUGGAAACGUUUUAGAAUAUGCCUUAUAGUAAUUCAGUGUACCUUUAAGGAAAUUGAAUCUGCAAAGAAAAGAUUAUUAAUGUGAUGUUUUAAAUACUGUAACAUCUAGUGUUCUGAAAUGUGAAAGUAACCUGUCCCUUCCAAAAAAAAAAACAAAAAAAAAAGGAAAAAAAAGUUGAGAUUUGGGGCUAAAUCAAACAGGCCUUCUCAUUUCUUGUCAUUUUUUUUUUAAAUAUGUAAAAUCGUCUUUUGUUGGAAUGAACAAAAGGAGUUAUAAUAUGCAGUAAUUUAGUGUUGAAACCCUCUGCAUUAGUGCGGGUGGACACACACAAGAGGAUUGUUCACAGAAUUUGAUCCAAAAUUGAAAAAUUAGUGUCGUUGAGUUUAAAAAAAACAACAAAAACUGAAUCUUCAGGUGUGUUUCCACCCUAACAGAGGUUUCGCUGUAAUGCAGUAAAGAUGUCAGAGUGUCGUUCACAACACAGGAUUGCACUCCUCGUCACCACUUAACUUCUUAAAAAGGGGAAUUCCACCAAAAGUCACAAGCGUGUCCCAAAGUUUGUCUAAAUUCCUCUUGUUUAAUUCAAGAUAAAAUUCUUUAAAAAAAGUCAACUUUGCUGGAAUCCCCUUCGAUGAAGCAGCCUCAUGUGCCAUUGUUACUGUUGCAAAUGUCUGCAGUGUCCAACACUGACCACUAGAAAUGUGCUUCAUUUUGUCAGCAUUUAGGGAUUACAUCUGCAUGUUGAGCCAUUUUUGGUAUUUAUUUGUAAAAUGUGUCUCUUAUUUUUCCUGACUGAACUGUGAAACCAGGGGAGCUCAUAACUCUACACUAAUUCAACUUCAGAUACAAAAACAUUUGACUGACAGAUUGUUCUGAUGCCAAAAUCAAGAGGCCUUAAUUCAGCAAAACUAGAUUGUAAAAAAAAAAAGAAAAAAAAAAAAGAAGUCAUUCCUGACAAAAAUCCAACUAAAGACUCCUUUGACCUGAAAGUCACGAGUGAUUCAUAUAUGAAAUGUUAAGAAAACUGCUUUUGUACUCAUUUUUACAGACUAUUUAUUAAACUGUGAUUUUGUAAGAAAUAAAAAAAAAAACAAACAGUGAAUGUGGUCGUGUCUUUCUUAAGCUCAUUUAUGACAAACUGGAGGAUUAAUACAAACAUGACUUUUUUAUUAUUUGUAUCAUUCACAAUUUAGGAAAACAAAGACAGCUUCGGGGCUUACAUCUGAGCAAAUAUGAACAAAGACAAAGCAGCUGUUUUCAUAAUUUAAAGUCUCAUAUGCUGUAAAUAAAUUUAUCACACUCAAAAGAUGCAAGUCUGCUUUGCAAAGGGAGAGGGGGGGGUUUAGUGUUAAAGGUAAUUAUUAUAAUCACUCUCAGGAGUUGGCACCUUGUUUUUUGUUUCCCUCCACUGUGCAGUUUGGAUUCUGUAAAAAACGACGUUGUGAUGAAACCGCUGUAAAUUGAAACGAGGUCACGUCCAGACGCUGCGACGAGUCUCCGCUCAGGUUUUUGGGGGGGAUUAAGAGGCACAUUAAAACAUGAGCCAUGAAGAUUUCCCAAAA